UCUCUGCCAGCUCUAAGGACGUGUCUCAUUCACUCUUGCUGCGCAGGUUGUGAGCAAGGGAAAGAGAGGGAGGAGAGACAGAGAGAGAAACACACGCCACCUAGAACGGUCAAACAAGAGUAACAGAGCCAGACAGAAACAGGGAGAGAGGAAGAAGGGAGGGAACAGGGGAGAUAAAGGAGAGGAGAAAUAGCUGACAGUGAGUGAAAGAGGAGAGGGACAAAGAUAAACAAAGAGAAGUCCAUCUGUUUUGUUUUUGAAGGGGGAGAGUGGCAGAGAGGUAGAGAGAGAUAGAGAGAGAGAGAGAGAGAGAGAGAGCGGUAGACCCAGCAGAAGCAGGACUACUGUACGGUGUGUUGUGUUGGGACCUUCCUCCAGGGAGCCUAGCGGAGCAGAGCCUGGUGCCUGGUGAGAGAGUGACCCACCUGGGACACAGACACAGCCAUGGAUCCCUCUGCGUCGGCUGAAGUUGGGGACGAGUGCAAGGAGAGCAGGAAGAUCCACUUUGCUGUGCAGUCCUCGGCACCCACCCAACUGGACCCCCGGCAAGUAGAGAUGAUCCGGCGUCGGAGACCAACACCUGCAACACUGUUCAGAGUGGCAGACCAGGGUUCUCCUGAGGAUGAUCAGUCUACCCAUCAGUGGGUUGUAGGAGAAAAUGGGGUACUGAAGCCCAAGCGAGUCAACCCAAAUGUGUAUCAGCCACCAUCCCUGAAAGCCGUCCAGAAGAUGGCUGAGGCACACAUGCAGAACCUGGGUGUCUACCCCCCCUUGGAAGACCCCUUUGAGGGGGAGGAGUACAACGACUACCCCUGUCAUGAGGAAAGGGAGGAAAGAUUCCCCACCAAAGCUGCUGAUCCCCAAGCGACCAGCACCAUAGACCAAUCAGAGAAGCCGGAGGAAGAGGAGGAAGAGAAAGAGAAAGGAGAGGAGAAAGAGGAGGAAAAGACGGAAGAAAAGUCAGAGGAGAAGGCAAAGAAAGUGCGCAAAAGUGUAAAGUUUUAAGACAACUUUGAACAAAAACAAAUAAAGGGAGAGACGGAUGGUU